AACAUUUAAAUGAAUAUUUGCACCGUAAACCACGUUGUUGUGGGUUUCCUGGUUGGUGUCCUCCCCCACCCCCUCCCGGGUAGGGGAUGGGGGGUGUGGCGAUCCCGACUAGAUUUUUUCUUCCCUUCGCGAGUCCACCGCGGCUGCUGCUAAUGCUGAAAAUAGCUCAAAGGCGCUCAGAACGGUAGCACCACCCAGCAGCUGCGAUCCUUUCGCUCCCUUAUUUGCCUUUUCUCUGGCCUUUUUUCCCCCCUUCAGACACUUGGAUUGGGACUUAAUCUGAAAUCUCUGGAGUUCAAGACCUUCUGAAAAGGGCUAAAUAAACAAUCUCUACAUGUAAAGGCCACUGACUCCUACUUCCUCUGUGCAGAGCGACUGGGAGCCCGGCUGCCCGGAGAGCCAGAAUAGGACAGACUCAUAUACCAUUGUGAUCUGGGUGCACUUCUUCAGAAGGAAAACUGAAGACUUUAAUAACAAACCCUCCAAGGUCACAAUGAAUACAGGGCGUGAUUCUCAGUCACCAGACUCAGCUUGGAGAUCUUACAAUGACCAAAGUCAAGACACACUGAACGGAGAUGCUACAUAUUCCUCUCUUGCAGCAAAAGGCUUUAGAAGCGUUCGACCAAACCUGCAAGAAAAAAGGUCGCCCACUCAGGCACCCCUUCCACCACUCAGAACAGAAAGCUUUUGCAGCCCCUUGACAACCAGUCACACAAAGGGUGACAUUUUAGACCAACUAGUAACUAACACACACGUUCCUUCCAGUCCAGAGUACUUGACUAAUAAAACACUUCUUCAGGGAGCUAUGCAUUCUGAUGAAGGCGACCCCAGCCAGACCAUUGUAUAUUCCGAAGAAUCUAACACCACUGUGUCGUACACACAGAAAAUCACUAACCUGCUACCAGCAGCUUCUAGCACAGGUUCCCCACCCAGUGCUGACACGAGUAGCACCCCAUUUCUACAGGAGGACUACAUGCAAGAUUCUCAAACACGGAAAAUCUCUACACGGAAACUAAUCCAUAACCAGGAUCUAGGAAGUAGCAUCCCCUUUAAUACCCCACCGUUUCCCAAACCUGUUGACCUACCAUCAUUCCUCAAAAGGCCCUGCUCACCGCCCCCUAACCCAGUGCCUGAGAAACACACAGCAUCUCUCUCCAUUCAGAUAGCUCCCCUGUCAGGACAGGAUCCCGAAAGCCACAAACAGCUACCUGAGCUUUCUCCAGAGACUACAAAGAUACCUCUUCAGCAAGAGAGACAAAAACCUGCAGUGGCUGCGACCGCUCAGUCCUCAGACUGCCGGAGCCAGGUAACAGUGAAUGGAAACUCGGGAGGCGCUGUGAGUCCGAUGAGCUACUACCAGCGGCCCUUCUCCCCGUCGGCCUACUCCCUGCCAGGCUCCCUCAAUUCCAGCAUCAUCAUGCCUCAUGGCCGGUCACUCGAUUCCACGGAGGCGUAUGCCCAGCACGCGCAGUCUCUGGACGGCCCGGUGGGCAGCUCCAUCCCGCUGUACAGGUCCUCGGAGGAAGAGAAGAGGGUGACCGUCAUCAAAGCCCCCCACUACCCCGGGAUCGGGCCGGUGGACGAGUCUGGCAUCCCCACAGCCAUCAGAACGACAGUUGACAGACCGAAGGACUGGUACAAGACGAUGUUCAAGCAAAUUCACAUGGUGCACAAGCCAGAUGAUGACACAGACAUGUACAAUACUCCUUAUACAUAUAACGCAGGCCUGUACAACUCGCCCUACAGUGCUCAGUCCCAUCCUGCUGCGAAGACCCAGACCUACAGGCCCCUCUCCAAAAGCCACUCGGACAACGGCACGGACACUUUUAAGGAUGCCACUCCCCCAGCCCCUCCCCCCCAUGUUCCUCCUCCAGUCCCACCACUUCGACCCAGAGAUCGGUCUUCAACAGAGAAGCAUGACUGGGACCCUCCAGACAGAAAGGUGGACACGAGAAGGUUUCGUUCUGAGCCCAGGAGCAUUUUCGAAUAUGAACCGGGGAAGUCGUCGAUCCUACAGCAUGAACGACCACCCCCUCUCCCAACAACUCCGACACCUGUUCCCCGGGAACCCGGCCGGAAGCCCAUUCCUAUAUCACCAUAUGGAGAAGUCACUGGUAGCCCCUCCCCUCCGCCCAGGAGUGGGCUCCCCACACCAAGCCCGAGCACCCCGGCUCUCUCUCCCAUCUGGACUGACCGCAUACAUCCCGAUGACGUAGAGUUAGAGAAUGAGCCCUGGUAUAAGUUCUUUUCAGAGCUGGAGUUUGGACGGCCGCCUCCUAAAAAGGCUCUGGACUAUGUUCAAGAUCAUUCUCCUGGUGUUUCCAAUGAGGCCUCCUUGUAUCAAUCCUCUAUAGACAGAAGCCUGGAAAGACCCAGUAGCUCUGCAGGCCUGGCCAGUGACUUCAGGAAAAGGAGGAAGAGCGAGCCAGCCGUGGGGCAGCCAAGGGGUCUGGGGGACCCAAGGGCGAGCAGGACCAGCCCCGGCCGGGCGGACCUCCCGGGAUCGAGCUCCACCCUGACCCAGUCUUUCAUUAGUUCUUCCCCUUCCUCCCCAUCCAGAGCAAAAGACCGCGAGUCCCCUAGAAGUUACGCGUCCACUGUGGCUGACUUGGGGAGGAGCGCACCAAGGGAAAGAAGAGGGACUCCAGAAAAAGAGAAAUUGCCUGCAAAAGCUGUUUAUGAUUUUAAGGCUCAGACAUCUAAGGAGCUGUCGUUUAAGAAAGGAGACACUGUCUACAUCCUCAGGAAAAUCGACCAGAACUGGUACGAGGGAGAGCACCACGGGCGAGUGGGCAUCUUCCCCAUCUCCUACGUGGAGAAACUCUCACCUCCUGAGAAAGCACAGCCCGCAAGGCCGCCGCCCCCAGCCCAGCCUGGAGAAAUCGGAGAAGCUAUCGCCAAAUACAAUUUCAACGCGGACACCAACGUGGAGCUGUCGCUGAGAAAGGGAGACAGAGUUAUUCUUCUCAAAAGAGUUGAUCAGAACUGGUACGAAGGUAAAAUCCCAGGAACCAACAGACAAGGCAUCUUCCCUGUUUCCUAUGUAGAAGUCGUGAAGAGGAACACAGCCAAAGGCGCCGAGGACUACCCCGACCCUCCAAUACCCCACAGCUACUCGAGUGAUAGAAUCCACAGCUUAAGUUCCAACAAGUUGGCUCCCAGGGAACCAGCCCCUCCUCUCACGCACAGAGCUUCUCCUGGCCCAGAUAACGGAGCUCAGCAGGGGCCUAGCCAGGGGUGGCCGUCCCUGACAGCUCAGUGUCCUCCGGCAAACCCUCUGAUUCCUUUCCUGGACAACUUCCUGGAUGAAUUAGAGAAGCUUAGUGCUUUCACCUUACCAGCUGACCAAGCCGAGCCAAAUAUCCCAGAGGAGAUCACCCUUGAAAUUAAAGAGGAACCCUCAGUUCCCCUCCCAUGGCCUCCAGCAGCUGUACCGGCCAAAUCACCUUCCCCUCGGCCACCCUUACGUGGCACAGGUGCGACCUCAACUCCAGUCCAGCCCUAUGAGACAACGCCGGUCCAGGACCCCAGAAAGACAACUCAGAACAAGUGUGCAGAUUUGACGAUGAGAAAAGGCUUUGCGAGCCCUGAAAAGGUGUCUGAAGUCCUAGGGGAUAAGUUUGUGGCAUCUGCACACACUAAUGUGGGUCCCUUGCCCCAGACCCUCCCUGUCAUUGGAGAGGAAGAAGAGGAACUCUGUGAGGGGCUGAUGUCAGGCAUCCGGGGAGGGCUUGAAUCUCAAGACCCAGAUGCCUCGCGGUGGGGCCAUGACGGCCCCGAGGUGAAACCAAGUCUGUUCAUCGAAGAGGAGGAGGAGAAGAGGAAACCCGGCUGCUCACACGGUGCAGCAGCCACCCUCCCAGGUCCUAGAGCCCCCAAGGAACACAGCCAUGCAGCUCACACCAAUAAGGAGAGAGAUGGACCGUCUACACCUUUCCCCAGCUGUCUGCUUCCCUCCCCUCCCUCUCCUCCUCCCUCGGCCUCGGCCUCACAGCUGGUCUCUAUGCUUUCUCAGCCUGCCCAGUCCUACUCACCACCUCUCCUCCCUAAACACUCUUACCAACAGGAAAUAAGUUCACCAAAAUUAAAGGCUGAUGUAAAAGGCGAGACGUUUGUCUUGGGUAAGCCUCCGCGUAGCCCAGUGAUGACUAGGAGGUCCUGCAGCUCGCCUGUCAGAGGGCUCAGCAGUUCCCACAGGGUAGGGACGGACCGCCCGCCUUGGGCCAGGCACCCUGGCCACACACGCGCACCCUCAGUGGUCCUUGCUGUCCUUUGCCGGUCAAGUAGGGUAGAGGGAACCUUGAGAUGAAGUGACCAACUGAUGAUGAGCUACGAUAGCAGAUCAACACGAAAAUCCUAUCCUAAGCGUUUGCGGAAUGUGCUUGUGUGAGCUCCCCCAAAUCCAGACAGACAUGGCCAGACUCUCCACCAGACAACUAAGGGUGCAGUAUGUCUUCUACCACGUCUCGUGCUUCUGUGCAAAUGUUCUCUGUACAUCUCUGCUUUGCCGUCAUUGUCCUCCGUGCAAAGGAUAAAGCCGUUGCCAACAAAACACAGGCUGGGGCAGAAGUAGGUUUACAGAUGUUCGUAUGGAAAAUAAUACAAGAAUCCAUAAAUAAUAACACAAGAAUAAACUCUGUGUCUCACGUGCUCGCAAUUGUAAAGGCACUUUUGCCCCACCCUGCACUGAACUCACACGCUUCCGGUAAUGUUUGCUUCUGUGUCGUCCCGUUUAUUGGGAUGUUUUAAAAUCCGUGAUCUUGUUGCAAAACAUUGAGUUGCUCUGGUGAUGUGUGCUUCAUCUGCCCCAGUCUCUUGACAGCAUUGAUUAAACUUAAAGGUUCUAUUUCUUUUCCCUGGAACUACUGAGUUCUACACCACAGGCCGCAUUCUCAGUGGAGGGAUGCUAACCGGUACUGCGGAUCCUGAGGAAGGCGGGGGGCGCGGGGAAUGUUCCUCUCUGCAUGAGCCAGUCCUUCCACCGUCUCUGUCUUGAUGGGCCUGGUUUUACCCUACCUGGUCUGUUACAUGACUGUGGGUCCGCAACUGGUGAAGGGCUUCCUUGCAAAGAAAACUGCCUUUUCCACACUUUAAAAAUGUGGAGAUUUCUCUGCGCUGAUCCCAUCAUUGUGCUUUUCGCGUCUUUGCAUAAUAAGACCUCGUUUUGUUUCUGGGGCAGAGAUUUGUGUGGCCAUAGAGGAGGAGGGAUGCUGAUUUGAAGAGAUUCUUAGUCUCCACAGAAGGGCCUUCUCCAGAAGCAAAAAAAAAAAAAAAAAAAAAAAGCUUUUUCCAUAAUUAACAUGGCCAGCCACGAAUGUCCCACUGGCAGUGACAUGGUGUGCUUUGGGUCACCGUAAGGUUUUUUCUUUGCCGGAUUUUUACAUUAGGUAUGUUUUAUGUGUUGUUGUGGAACAUGAAUAUUCUAUACUCUUUAGAUUUAUGCAAAAGUUUGAUUUAACUUCAUAAUUUAAGAAGGAAAAAUAAGCCAAGAAGCAGAAACAGGGGACUGUUGAAAGGAGAUGCUCAUCCAAUUCUGGUUGGCGGGUGCUACAAGUGACAUUUUCUGGGCAGGGGCGGGGGCGGGGGGGGAUGACUUAAGAACUCUAGAGCUGCUGCCAACUCUUUCAAAGAUUUUUCCACACUUUAGUGUUUACAGUAGCAAUGACUCCUUAUUUAAGAAUUUCCUACAACUAGGUAUAGGUGAUCCUCCAGAGAUGCCUCUGAGCAACACAGAUAAAUAGGUGGGUGUCAGGCAGACCGAGCUAGGGAAGUAUAUGUUUUACUGAUACCAGAGAUUGUGGGAUAUUUCAAAGCAGCUUCCUAUAUGAGCAGUGGUUUGUGACUUGGUUCUGGCUUUGAAAAUUAGCAUGUGCUUAAAACCUGUCUCGAGUGUACCCAUAUUUGACAUUUUGACAUUAAAAAUAGCUACACUAAAAGAUAAAAAGUAAUUGUUGCAUUGCCCAGGAAAGGGUUAAAUAUUCAGGCUUCUGAGAAAACAGCACGAUGCCCCAUUGGGCUCUCGCAUUUGUAUUGUCCACCUAAGGCUCAUCAAGAUAAUGCAAGCAUGAUAUAUGUAAUUCUCAUCCGACAUUUCCAGCACGGUGUCUGUAAACUGUUAGCUUGAAAACCACAUUCAUACAUUCACAGCUCACGUGAGCCUUUCUGGAUGGCACAAAUGUAUACUGUUCUGUAUUUGUCGCAAAACGUCUACAAAGUCAUGAAUAAUAGAAAUGCCUGGGUAGAUGGUUAAAAUAGAAAUUAUCAUAGACCAAAAAUUCUGGUGGUCAGCGUGAUCCUUUCUCAAGAAUUUAAAAUGCGGGAAGGGAAAAUCAUGGUCGGAAAAACAGAUGGAUAUCGAUUCACAUUGCUCUGUGGUCUUUAAAAUAUUCUUCCAAAAUGAAUCCAGGUUAAAGGAACUCGGUGAGAGCUGAGUAAAGGCAUGAACAACUCUUACAUGUUGCUGCCACUACUGACCAUUAGGUGGCAGUAGAGUGCAGCCACAGUACAGAGCUCUUCCUCUAGGUUUGUGCCCAUGGUCAUAACACCAAGAGGAGGAACUGCAAAAGAUAGUCCCCUAAGAGAAUUCGCUUGAGUAUCCACACAGAGCAUAAACAGCUGCCUAAAGGCAAAA